AUGGCGCUGCCGCCUCCCGGCUCCUCCGCGUCAGCGUCGCCCAGCUCGUGCGACAAGGCCAGCUACUGCCUGCAGCAAGCACAGGCAGCGAAGGCGGCUGGUAACGCCGCACUGCAGGCCGGCAAUCCACGCGGUGCCUCCUUCGAGUACAAGAAGGUGUACCUCUACCUCGCCGAGUACCUGCCAUCAGAUGUGGCUCAGUCAGCUUCCCCUGUUGCUCUGGGAUACGGCAAUGGCGGUGCCAGCGACGCUGGUAGCAACAGUGGGCUCGUGCAGAUGUUGCAGCAACAACAACGCCGCAAGCAACCGAAGAAUGUGGCGGGGGGAGCGGUGACUGGCAGGGAAUCGUCAGCGUCGCCAUCAAUGGCGGAGGAGGCAGCGCUGCUCAAACUCCAGGAGGAGAUGACACAGCUGUACGCCACGACCCUCAACAAUCUCGCGCUGGCCCACAUGAAACUGGGGCGUUACCGAGAGGGGGUGAAGUGCGCGACGGCCGUGCUGGAGCAACCAGCGCUGCGAGCCGCCCUCGAUGCCGGCGCGGAACAGUGCACCCCCGCUCGGUUCAGCGACACCCCGGCUGGCAAGGCGCUGCUGCGUCGCGCCGCCUGCUACGUCAAGCUCUCCAACUGGGCUCUGGCCGAGGCAGAUGUUUGCACGCUGAGAAGAGCAGCAGCAGGAGCCGCUGCUGCCAGCGGUGGCGAUGCCCUCGAUGCGGCGGUGGUGCAGUUGGCGCAAGCGGUGGAGCAAGGCCGUAAGGCAGAGGCCGCCAAGGAGAAGAAAAUGAUGCAGCUUAUGUUUGCGUAG